AUGCCCAUUUCCUUGCCAGAGAUGCUCGCUAUCGAGCAGUUCUUAUGCUCUCUAGCUCGAGAGCAUGUUGGUCCCAUUAUUAAGGCAAAGUCCGGAACUCAGCAUACGUAUGACGCUAAAAGUGGUUCAAGAGCUGUGGACAUUGUAACUGCUAUUGAUAAACAAGUCGAGAAGCUAAUCUGGACGGAGGUUAGGCAGAAGUAUCCAACAUUCAAAUUUGUUGGUGAGGAAAGUUAUGUUCCGGGGCAGACUACAAUUACAGACGACCCAACGUUUAUUAUCGACCCAAUCGACGGCACCACGAACUUCAUUCACGAUUUCCCUUUCAGCUGCACUUCUUUGGGCCUAACUGUCAACAAGAGACCAGUCGUUGGUGUCAUCUACAACCCUCAUCUGGAUUUGCUGGUUUCUGCUUCGGAAGGCAACGGUGUGCGUGUAAACGAGCAAGACUUUGACUUCCAGUCCAAAAGGCAAUCAAUGGGACCAUUGAGCUUGGCGAAGUCUGUAGUAGCCUUACAGCCUGGCUCAGCUCGUGAAGGACCAAAUUUCAAGACCAAAAUCCAAACAUAUGAGAAUUUACUAUCGUGCGAUGGUGGGUUUGUACAUGGUUUCCGUAACCUGGGGUCUAGUGCGAUGACUAUGGCCUACAUUUGUCUCGGAUACUUAGACAGCUACUGGGAUGGCGGCUGCUACGCCUGGGACGUCUGUGCCGGUUGGUGUAUUCUAAAAGAGACAGGCGGUACAGUUGUUGGUGCGAAUCCUGGAGAAUGGGAAGUUGCGGUGGAUAACAGAACGUACUUAGCCGUUCGCGGCUGUGAGAACAAGAGGGAACAAGAAGACUACAUAAAGCGUUUCUGGGAAUGCGUCAAAGGUAGACUUGAGUAUAAAUAA